GGUGCGGUGCGCGCGGGAGGCGGGUGGGGGGCGGCGUCCUGGCCAUGGCCGGCCUGUCGGACCUGGAGCUGCGGCGGGAGCUGCAGGCCCUGGGCUUCCAGCCAGGACCCAUCACCGACACCACCCGGGACGUCUACCGCAACAAGCUGCGCCGCCUGCGGGGCGAGGCCCGGCUGCGCGGCGAGGAGCGGCUGCGGGAGGAGGCCCGGCUGCGGGGCGAGGAGCGGCAGCGGGAGGAGGCCCGGCUGCGGGGCGAGGAGCGGCAGCGGGAGGAGGCCCGGCUGCGGGAGGAGGCGCCGCUACGAGCACGGCCCGCCGCGGCCUCCCUGCGAGCGGAGCCCUGGCUCUCUUCGUCGGUCUCGGGCUCGGCCUACGCGACCUCCGGGGCCUACGGCGAUGUUGGGGCCUCCGCGGCUCCCUGGUCUGGGAGUCGCGGCCUCGCCUACCCCGCCCGCCCUGCGCCGCUCAGGCGCCGCACCUCUGUCCGGGGCAGCUCCGAGGAGGACGAGGACGCCCGGCCGCUCGACAGGGCUGCGCCGGGCCACGGAGUUCGUCGCUGGUGGGCCUCGACCCCGACCCCGACCCCAGCACGGCCGCCCUCAGCCCUCCUAGGCGCGGACCCGCGCCCGGGCCCGCGGGCGGCGCGAACUGGCCCGGCCGGAGCGGCGCGGGCCCGGCCCGAAGCGGGGCGGCGGCUGGAGCGCUACCUGUCCCGGCUCCUGUUCUGGGCUAGCCUGGGGCUGCUGCUCGUCUUCCUGGGCAUCCUCUGGGUGAAGAUGGGCAAGCCCUCCGCUCCGCAGGAGGCGGAGGACAACAUGAAAUUAUUGCCAGUGGACUGUGAGAGCAAAACAGAUAAGUUCUGUCAGGCCAAGCAGAAGGCGGCCUUGCUGGAGCUGCUGCAUGAGCUCUACAAUUUUCUGGCCAUCCAAGCCGGUAAUUUUGAAUGUGGAAAUCCAGAGAAGCUAAAAAGCAAAUGCAUUCCUGUAAUGGAAGCCCAGGAGUACCUAGCAAAUGUGACUGGCAACUCCUCCGCCAAGUUUGAAGCCGCACUGACCUGGAUACUGAGCAGUAACAAGGACGUGGGCAUCUGGUUGAAGGGGGAAGACCCAUCGGAGUUGGUGACGACUGUGGACAAAGUGGUCUGCCUGGAGUCCGCCCGCCCCCGAAUGGGUGUGGGCUGCCGCCUGAGCCGCGCCCUGUUCACCGCGGUCACCAACGUGCUCAUCUUCUUCUGGUGUUUGGCCUUCCUAUGGGGGCUCCUGAUCCUCCUGAAAUACCGGUGGCGGAAGCUGGAAGAAGAGGAACAAGCCAUGUAUGAGAUGGUGAAGAAGAUUAUAGAUGUGGUCCAGGACCAUUAUGUGGACUGGGAACAGGACAUGGAGCGCUACCCAUACGUGGGCAUCCUGCACGUGCGCGACACCCUCAUCCCUCCACAGAGCCGGAGGCGCAUGAAGCGGGUCUGGGACCGGGCUGUGGAGUUCCUGGCGUCCAACGAAUCCCGGAUCCAGACAGAGUCCCACCGCGUGGCUGGAGAAGAUAUGCUGGUGUGGAGAUGGACUAAGCCCUCUUCCUUCUCCGACUCCGAGCGAUAAAUCCCGGGCGGGGAGGGGGGCUUGUUCCCAGUCGGCCUGUCCCAGGCCAGUCCCCUCCAGGGGCGCAAGAAGGCCACCAGACCUGCCAGUGCUGAAUUCACACUUGCCUUGACUUUCACCCUCCUCCCGACUCUGGUUCCAAAGGUCUGUCUAUAAGACUCUUCAGAGAUCAGCUUUUAGGAAAGCAUGGGCUUCCUUGAAGGGCAGCGGUGGGGAAGAGCCAGAGGCCAAGCGCCUAGCUUGUCCUCUGUGUUGGUCCGAUCCUCUCUGCCCUGAUUGCUGGCAGAAAAAGGGAGAAGAGUUUGUUUUUGAUGCAGGGAAAAGAUGAAAGAGCAGCCGUGAGACCCUGCAGAGCAAGUGUGCAGUUAGGUGGGCUACAGCUCUCCCACCGCUGGGGAGCACUCAGCAGGGUGGGCAUCGUGCCUGUGGGAGGCGGGUCGGGACAGCAGGCUGGGGCUGCAGGGGUUGGGGAGCAGUUGGGUCCAUGUGCCUUCAGAGGGUGUUACCUGGGAGCUCAAGGGUGAGGGGAGAAAGCCUGUCCUCUAGCUGGGUGGGGCCUGUUUUAUCCCGAAGGGGUAAGGUGCUAGAAAUUAGAACACGUACUGUAGAAGAACUCUCUAGAAAUGCCAGGUCCUGGCACACAGAACCCUCAGGUCAGGAGGAGUGAGCUGCCAGGGUGGCCUCCUGAGAGAACCUGGAGCAGGCACAGGGGCCUGAGAGCAGACAGGAGGGUAGGGCUGCCCGCCUCCACCAUCUCUGGCCGCGGGAGGUAGCCUCCCAGGGCCGGGCCUCCGGGACUCUUGAGCGGUUCUUCUCACGGAGUGUUGGUUCUAGACCAGGCCCGCAGCCACGGCACUGUGUGGGUCCACGAUGCGCAUUCCGGGACUUUGGGAGUGCCGCGCCUCCGGUGUGCGACGGUCACCUUGUCUUAGGGCGACCGCAGCCACCCCACGGGGAGGCAGCGGAGCCAGAACUUGGCGGCACUGACUCCGGGGGCGCAGGGCGCGGCGGCCGCACAGCUGCCCCCUGCUGGCCGCCGGGGAUCGUGCGUGCGCCCCUGCAGACCUUCGUCACGGCCCCCCCAUCACAGCCCGCCAGCCUGCAGCGCGGAGCCCGGCUCCAGAACCGCCCUGGCGGGGGGCCUUAUUAGUUAAGUGCGGGGAGCCUCUCCGGCAGAGCCGCGUUCCCAUAUGUUCUCAGCCGCAGCAGGCGGGAGAGGGGCAAGUGGGCCGAAACAGCUGCCUCCAGAAGGCAUCAACCACCCCCUUUCAGUCUUUCUGGUAUUUUUUGUUUCUCUAAUAAAGCUCCAGUCUCCCUCAUUUGAGCAAUACUCUCUCAUUUCCUCUGAUAUCUGGAUGAUCGGCGGGGCUGGAAUCUGAGUGCCAGCCCCAUGACAAAGAAACGGUCGUAAUCAGGCUCCAGCCAGAAAAAUAACCCUGCUUCAAUAUCAGGGUUGAAACUAUUGGAUAAAUAAACUAUUUAUUAAAAAUG